UCCUUCCGGUCCUCCAUCCUGAGAAAGAGUAAACUCGCCCACGCAACUACAAGUGCGACACGUUUGGUGGCAUAGGCCAGUAGUGAUUCCUCGGCUUCUAUUCGCAUUGCAACUGCUGAUCAGGCGUCACAAUACGUCCGAGGUAGACAGCAGGAAUACGCCCACAUUAGCAUCGAGAUAAACGGCGGCCAUGUCUUCGGAGAACUUCAUCGUCACGGAGCGCUGGUCUCCUUGCCAGCACAUCCGCGAGUAUCCUCAAAGCGUCAAGCGCGAUGACGCCGCGCUCUUCCUGUCUGUCAAGGAGUAUCGCCCACGCGACAGGCUUGACGCGAGCGACGGCGCCAUCACUAUCAUCGCGACGCAUGGGAAUGGCUUCCCGAAGGAAUGUUAUGAAGCGCUAUGGGACGAGCUGCUCAAAGCGGCGCAAGGCUUCGAAAUCAGAGCGAUAUGGAUAGCAGAACAUGCGAACCAAGGAGCGAGCUACAAAAGGAACGAGGAGGUCCUCGGCGACGAUCCGAACUGGUUGGAUCACUCGCGCGAUCUGCUGCUCCUGGUGAACCAUUUCCGAGAUCGGAUGAAGGCGCCAUUUGUGGGUGUGGCGCAUAGCAUGGGGUGUGCGAUGAUGGCCAACCUAGCGUUGAUCCACCCACGCCUCUUCCACUCGCUCGUCUUGAUCGAGCCCGUCAUCCAGAACUGUCAUCCGGCCGGGCCCAACGCCGCGCUCUUCACCUCAUUGCGCCAGGAGAAGUGGGAGUCGCGCGCCAAAGCCGAAGCUCAGAUCCGCAAGAAUCCGCUCUUCAAGUCCAUGGAUCCGCGCAUCCUUCGCGCAUAUCUCACCUACGGGCUACGCGACACCGAGGAUGGCGGAGUGAGACUCGCGACUCCACGGGCACAGGAAGCGUGGUCGUACGUUCGCUCGAACUUCCAGCCUCUGCCCGGGGAUACAUCGACGGCGGAAGCGAGGAGUCGUGAGAGGCUACUCAGUCCUAAUCUCAGUCCUGGUUCGGAACCGUCGAUGGAGGUCUUUAUGCGAGAGGAAAGCUUGCACGUGUACGAGUCGCUGCCCCAUCUCCGGCCUAGGGCACUCUUCAUAUAUGGAGCAUCUUCGCACAUCAACGUCGAAACGAUGAGAGAGAAGCACAUCUCGCGAACAGGGACCGGACGAGGCGGAAAUGGAGGCGUAGCUGACGGCGGCGUGGAGAUGAAGAUCAUCGACAACGCAAGCCACUUGGUCGUUUUCGAAAAACCAGUCGAGAUCGCUAGAGAUAUCUCGGAAUGGGUAGGUAAAGAAGUGGUGCGAUGGAAGGAGGAGAAGGAGUUCUUCGCGACAUUCGAGUCCGGAAAGAGUAAGAAUGAUGGUAAGGAGCUGUCGGACAAGUGGAUCGCGAGCGUGAAAAAGGGUGCUUCGAUACCGAGGUCCAAGGCGAAGGAUGCGGCGAAGUUGUAAGUAGCUCAGCUAUCGUGAGCGUAGGUAGACACUUGUGUAUCAACGCGGCAGCCGUGGUGCUGGAAGCGGUACCCGAUAUCGUACCACGCUUUGGAACUCGUAUCGAACUCCGACGAGACGGUCGGUCCUCUUUUCGCGGAAUGCUUCGUGCAACACGCCGUUCAUUCCCGGACGUAUCACGCCGGGGAGGCAUACCAAUCGCCGCCGUUAAUAUAAUUUCGGCAUUGGAAAAGCGUGGAGUCUUAAUCAAAGCUAGAAAAGCGG